AUGGAGUCAGCAAAGGGCUCUAUCACACCCGUUGCAUCUACGGGGGGGAAACGGGGCAGUACGAAUACCUGGCAGCAGUCCUUCGUAGAUUCUAAUGAGCAAACUCUGGCGCUGGUUCGCCAGCGACUGGACGACGAACGCGAAGACAGGCGCAAGCGACUCAAGUUGGAUGAAGAUAGAAAUCUACUUGAUGCUUUCAAAGCUGGCCUAAUCACCAAGGAAGAAUAUCGUGAACGUACUGGUAUCGGGUCAAAACCGACUCGCACACCUCGUACACCUCGCGUGUCACCUCGUGCUUCGCCGCGUCGUCCGCGUUCGGGCCGUCAUGCCCCUGUAUCUCCGGCGAAGUCGAUUUCAUCUCUCGCCUCUCGCUGUGGCCGUAGUUUCUCCUCGUCCGGUGGUCUCCACGACCGUGACGAGUCCCCAGAUUGGCAUGUUGAUGGUGAUGGCUUGUUUCCGCCACCUGAAUUCGGGACUCCCGCAUAA